AUGCCUCGAGACAACCCCCUGACCUACCUGUCUACAGUUGCUGUCUUGGAGUUUGUCAGCUUUGACAAACGAAUCAGUUUUUUUGAGAGUAAUGGAUGUAUGAUGAGUAUGACAAACUUGUCAACUGGGAAAACUAUCGAUCGUGUUAUACAAGUCCCACUGGAAGAUGCAGCUGAGAAGUUCGCAUUGUAUAAUUUAAGUAGAAAGGGGACUCAUAUCAAGCGUUUAGACAUGGGUCCCGGACCGGCUUUCAUUGUGAACUGCGUUCCGAUUGCUAUCAAAAACUUGACUGUCAGAAAAGCUUCUGAAUCUUCAUGGUUCCCAACAGUUAGCCCAAUUGAAAAUGUAAAAACGGACUGUGCAAUCAGAGAAGAUACUUUCAAAAUGGCAAAACACGUAACAGUACUGAUUCCGGGGCCUCGUGCGAUAGGAGUCAACACGGAAGUAAUUGCAGAGUGGAAUUGUGAAUCCAUCAAAACUGAUGUACCAAUGUCAAAGGAAGAGGUCGCGGAUUACUGUAUCCAAGUAUUAAAAAGAACGGACAGACCGAUUGGAAGCUUGCUGACAGCUUCACUUCGUUACCCAACAUAUAAUGCGUGGUAUAAUUCCGAGAUGACCAGUUCACCAGUAGAACGGUUGUUCGAUUUGCUCCAGUCGAGAAUGAAGGCGACAAAAACUGUGUUAAAUGAAGAGCAAUGCGCAACUGUUCCAAUUGACGUAUCAAAAGAGCUCAACAUCUACAACUCUAACGAGAAUAGGUUAAAUUUUGUGAUUCAUGUCAAUGCGAGAGGAACUGCAAUCGAUCAAGUUGUUUGA